AUGGACACGGAUAUAUCCUCCAGGUUUCACGAGUUCCAGCUCUUCAUCAAGAGAAAAAUCAAUCGCAAAGAGCAUUUGACCAUGGAGGAAAACGUGCAGCACAUUCUCGCUUUGUCACACAUCCUACUCCUGAAACCAGCUCGUACACACGCCGAUCUUCAUGAAUACAUCAGUUUGAAUACAUGCGACGCUCUAGCAGCGCACAUCUUGACAAGCAACAGCAUCGUUAAUCAUAAGUUUCCCGCGAUAACAAAGACAAAGCUUGAACAAAUUGUGGAGAAAGUGACCGCUGGCGUGUCUAUGAAUGCUUCCAAUGAAACAAGAUCCUGCUCGCGACUCGAUGCCAACCGUCAAAUCACAGCAUUGUUGGAAGGUGACACAAUGAAUUCGACUAACAAGAUCCUGUUAGCUGUAAGGAACAUGGUGGAGACGCUUCCCCGACGUGUUUGUGGAGAAGGUCCACAAGAAACGGAGCUAAUUACGAGGCAUCUUCAGUCAAGUCUGACGCCAUUGACAUCAGUCAGCGAUGAUGACAAACCAGCAAUGAUACGACCAGAUGCAUCAAUCAACAUUAUGUGUGGUGCCUCUUUGGGACGAAGGCUCGGCUGUGGUGAAGUGAAGCCGCAACAUCAAGCACUCAACCAUCGUUUGGUCGGACUGGAUCUCGUGCGGGUUGCACAUUUAGCGAAAAUCGCCUCAGACAAACACAAAGCAAGAGCCACGUUUGCAUUCAUUGUUGUUGGUACGUUGCUACAUCAUUGA